AAUGGAAAAGACAUCUCCUCUUGAAACAGCGACGGGUGACUCUGCUGAACAUUAAGCUCCAGGGUGACUGGUGCGUGUGCGAACGACAAAGUCAUCUUCAUUUUCACUAGAGUCGGGACUUCAGAGGAACUUGGUAAAGAGCAGAAUGGCAGCACAGGUGAAGGGAGCUUCAACCAUGGCAAACAAGGGUCCAUCGUAUGGGAUGAGCCGCCAAGUGCAGGAUAAAAUCGAGCAGAAGUACGACCCUGAGCUGGAGGUGCGUUUGGUGGAGUGGAUCGGGACUCAGUGUGGCUCUGGGGUCGGAAAACCAGAAGCAGGAAAACUGGGUUUCCAGGCCUGGCUCAAAGACGGAUGUGUUUUGUGUGAGCUCAUCAAUAGUCUGUGUAAGGACAAGCCUGUGAAGAAGAUCCAGAGCUCCAGCAUGGCCUUCAAACAGAUGGAGCAGAUCUCACAGUUCCUCAAUGCUGCGGAGCGAUACGGCGUGGUCAAGACCGACAUGUUUCAGACCGUAGAUCUGUGGGAGGGAAAGGACUUGGCCGCGGUGCAGAGGACACUCAUGGCUCUGGGCAGCAUCGCCGUUACUAAAGACGAGGGCAGCUUCCGUGGAGAUCCCAGCUGGUUCUUCAAGAAAGCUCAGGAGAACCGGAGAGAUUUCUCUGAUGACCAGCUGAAAGAAGGGAAGAAUGUCAUAGGCCUGCAGAUGGGAUCCAAUAAAGGGGCGAGCCAGUCUGGCAUGACGGGCUACGGCAGACCUCGACAGAUCAUGAACCCAUGAGUCCUUCCCUCGGCUCCCCGAGCAUCACUGCAUCCCAACAGCUGGACUCCAAAUGUUCCAAAUAUGACCAGAAGGACAGUGUAACACAUAUAAAUAAAGAAUAACACCACUCGGUACAAAAACAAGUUUCCAUAUCCCUGCUUGUGGAACAUAUCCAGUCAAAUUAAAAUUCAGAAUUUAGUGCUUCAUCUGAGAGCAUCA